AUGAGGAGGCCAAGCCAGAGCAGCGAGGAGUCCAUUCGGAGCUGGACGGUUCCAGACGAGUGGCGUGACAGUGAUGCACGAGAGUGUUCUGAGGCUGGCAGCAGCAGCAGCUCCGCGACGAUGCACGCGAUGCCCGACCUUCCAUUGGCACCAAGUCCUGGGGGUGGUAGAGGAUCCGACCGCGACGUCAUGCUCGACGUGGAUGACAUGAUGCCAAGUCUGAUAGAACACGUUACCCGGAUGCAGGUGGUAAACCCGGAGGUCAUGAGGGUGACGCCGGUGUUUCGAGCUUUGGAGCAGUUUGCUGCAGCAUUGCGUGGUGGAUCUGACAAACACUUCUACCACAAGAGCCGCGCAAGUACGAAGAUAACUACAUUUUGGAGUCACUCUUGGCACGGAGGGCGGUGGAAGAAAAUCCUCACAGUUGUCACCCUCUACAAUGGCACCGCGGCAGUUUCCUUGGCUUGUCUCACCGGCAUGGUGAUGAUGGUGCUGUUCAUCUUUGGAACUCUACCUGGGAUUGACCGUGGAUGGUGGCUUCCCGGUUGGGAGUGGUCUUGUUGGUCAACUUCUUCAGGGCUCGUCGUGGCAAGUUUAGUCCUGGCUUGUUGGCGAUCACAAACGAGAGUCUUCCUUGACCGCAUUUGUAUCAGCCAAAACGACGAUCGCCUGAAGUCGGAAGCCAUCCUAAGCUUGGCGGGGCUCUUGAAGAACUCCGACAGCAUGCUCGUUCUCUGGGACCCGACAUGGACUGAGAGGUUGUGGUGCUUGUUUGAGCUUGCUGCCUUCCUGAAAAGCAAGACGACGCAAAAGCAGCACCUUAUUGUCAGACCCAUCUUCUUGGGGCCUCUUUCCAUCGCUAUUUACCUUGUGUUUUUUGCCGUGGCAUUGCCGAUCGCAACAGCGCCUAUCCACACCCAUACAGCGAUCGUAGAGCUACUGGGGACCUUGGUGUUGUCGUUUUUGGCGGUUGCCUUCCCGACUGUCAGCACUCUCCGAAGCUACUUCAGAGACUUGGACACCAUGAAACUGCAGUUGUUGUCGAUCUCUGUGGACUCUACAAGGAGUGCUUGCUGCGAUCAGAACCACGUGACCCCUUCGGGCGGACGUAUGCUCUGUGACCGUAAGAUCGUUAAGGAGUGCGUGAAGAUAUGGUUUGGCAGCGAGCUGUCUUUUGAGAACGCGGUGCGCACCGAGGUUCUGGACCUUCUGAACCGUGACCUCACCGAGAAGGUGUUCAGUACUCCAUGGGCUUUGGGAGUGACUUCUCCGCUAUGUCUGGCUUUCAUGGACGUCUCUGCUAGCAUGGCUGCAGCUCAAGACGAUCAGCAGCCUGCUAUUGCCCUUCUGGUCGAAGGUCUGGUGCUUUGGUUGUGUUACGUCCCAGCGACCAAGGAUCUCAUGAUCCUGCUGGUCAGGGUUGGUCGGAAGAGACCGAGGAGCACCUGUCUUGAGAUUCUCAAGAACGCACUGGUGUUGGGAGCUGGGGCUACCCCCGUCUUUGUAGUGCUCGUCACGUAUGGCCUCACUCGAUUUGUCGAACCUGACCAUGCGCUGCGGCGUGCAGGCAUUUUUGCAGGCUGCACGCUGGUUCUAGUAGUGUGCAACUUCCUUCUAGGCCUUGGUCUGAAGGCUUUAUUACAGCGGCCUGGGUGGUAA